UGGUGGGUUAUGCUCAUUCUCGAUCGGUCUCACGGCGAUUCAAUCGUCAGUCGGGUUGCGAUCAUACAACGCUCACCAAAUGCUGUGCUGUGUCUCGAGAAAAUCUGUCGGGGGAUCGGGAUUCAAAAGAUCGCCCUUGGUUCCUCCGCGCGGUGUAUCCUUGACCAACUCCGCGGACAAACCGGCAGUUUCCACUUCGUCCUUGACUACCACCACCGAAUCCAAAUGUUUACCUUUAUGUAUAGACUCCGAUUUUUGUAAAUUGAAUAGUAUUACUGAAAAAGAUGAGCCGCCGGUACUGCUGCCGUGCGCGAUAUGCGGACGGACGUUCAAGCCACAGUCGUUGGAGAAACACACGAGAAUCUGCGAGCGGUCGGCCACCAAGAAGCGAAAGCCCUUCGACUCGUCCAAACAGCGGAUGCAGGGGACCGAACUGGAGGAAUUUCUACCGAAGCAAAUUAAGAAGCGGAAUUACAGCGAGGAGAGGAGUCUCAACAACACUUCGUGGAAGCAGACGCACGACGAUUUCAUCAAGACUAUCAGAGCUGCACGCGGGGAAUCCGUUGAAACGACACCAGCACGCACGUUGGCCCCUAUCGUGGCUCCCGGAGCCCCAACUCGCGCCAACGAGAAGGGCACAUGUCCAACGUGCAACCGUCAAUUCGGAAUAAAGGCAUACGAUCGUCAUGUGGCUUGGUGCAAAGACAGAGUAACGAGAAUGCCGUCGAGUCCAGCGACCAACAUGGCGAAAGAGCGUCUCGACGCGAGAAUGAAAUAUCGCGCGCCAGCGCUGAAAAACCGCCGCAUGACGAACCGUGACAAGUACUCGCCAAAUUCGAAUUUCAAGAGCACGCAGUUGUCGUUGAGUCUCAAGCCAAAGAAAAGUGUAUCGUUACCCAGCUGCGUAAAGUCCCUGGAUAACCACAGCCCCAUAGGCCUUAAACAAUCAGCGAUCUCGGGGAAAAAAAUCGGGCAGGAGAGGAAUGACGGGCUGAUCCCGCCGGGGCCGGUGAAAUCGCGGCUCUCCGACAGAUCCAAUACCAGGAGUUCCGAGGACGAGAAACGUCCAGCGUGGAGCAAUUAUGUUCGCAGGCGUCCGGAUUUUAAUCUCAUACUCAAGGGUAGAACUGGCAUUAGCUCCGAUUACGAUCCGUUUCUCCUGGCGGAGCGGCAGAUGCUGGACCUCCUCUCGGACACGUGCAGCGACCAGUCCUUCCCGGACUCCCCCAGCAGUCACCACAAAUCCGCACCCCCUCACUAUCCCCUGUCCCACUCAUCCGCAUUUGUCAAAUACCCAAAUCUCAUAAGUCUAGACAGUCGUAAAACCAACAAACGAGGUUCUCUCAUAGCGCCGCCCACGGAAUUCGAUGAUUUGUCAACAGGUUUCUCCUCAGACUCAACCGAAACAAAUUCCAUAUCCCGCGAGCUCUUCAUUAACCAGAAUCAAGCCAAUAAAAAUAACAAUAACAAUCACCAACCGAUUUUGGGUAGACGAAUAAUAAUCGACAAAUCGAAAGCUCUGGGUCAAGUGGGUGAUGUUUUUGGGGAGGCGAUUGACACAAAAUGCAAAGAGAAUUCUGCCGCGACGAAUUCAAAGAGAAAUAAUGAGAAAGUGUCGCCAACAGUUGUGAGGCCGCAGAUCAAUCGUUCUAAUUCCCUCAGAGCCGCAUCGGCGCCGAAAAUUCCCGAGCGGAACAACUCCUCGUCAUUAGCGACGAACAGAUCAAACACUAGAUCGAAUUCAGGAUCGGGAUUGCCGAGCAGAAACAAUAACUAUUCCAAUCUGAGUGGGAGUAAUUUAAGCCUCAGCUCUAUUAUUUCCUCUGAGAUUGAAGUGAAACACUCGAAUUCCGUGUUUGAGGACCUCGUUAGUUCGUUUGAGGAUGAUGUUUCGGGCUCAUUUCCCUCCUUGAGGUCCUUACUGAAAAAUGAUUCCUUCUCCAGUCCCAUUCAGCCCAGUCGAAACGGCCAGCUGAGUGAUGAGGAUCUUUCGUCGCCAGACAGUUAUCAUAAGAAGGAUCUCAAUAAACUCAGUGCUGACUCUGCUUACAGCAGUUUGAAUCGAAAAUAUUCCAAUGGACGCAGCACCACCGACGUAGCUGGAAAGUUGGGUGAACAAACCCCACUUCGCCAUCGGGAUAACGAAGUGUCAUCAUCUCUGAAAUCGAAAAUGUCAAAAUUCUGUCACGAAUGCGGCACAAAAUUCCCGCAAACUGCCAAGUUCUGUUGCGAGUGUGGGGUCCAGAGGCUAGCGAUCUGAAGCUGCAGUCCUCACGAAGAAUGAAACCCUUUUAUUUGUUAUGAUUUCACAAAUUAUAACUUCCGUUUUGUAAUAAUUGACCUAGACUGAGGAAUUAUUUAAUAUGCUUUUAUCCGAUGAAUGAGUGAUGAAAUUCCAAUCUCGCUCAUUUAUCGUACCGUCUUAUUUUUAAUAAUAAUGUCUUUAAUGGCUGCCAUUUAGAGUAGAAAAGAAAAAUGUGUGAUUUUUAUAUCCAUCUUUUAUACAAUCUGGUGAAUGGUGAAACCUUGAGAAAGAAUAAUAAAAUUGAGAACUAUCUAUUUAUGAUAAUUGCGCCUGCAGUGGGCAUUGAGUAUUAAUAAAAGUAACGUCAGUCCGCCGAGAAGGGAAAAGAAAUGAGAGAGUGAGUGAAGACAACAGUUAUCUCUUGAAUCUAGUGGCCAUAAAAAAUUUAUAAAGUAUUUUUCAGAUAUUGGAGGCGAGAAACCACGAGAGAAUCUAGUAACUAAGGAUUUAUUUACGAAGCAAUCACUAAUGCGUAGAUAGGAAAUUAGACAAUUACUUUCUCUGUACUCGAAACUGUAUUUUUGCAAGUGCAAUGAAUCUACGCUUG